AUGUCCGUGAAACAGGAAACACGUCCUUUAACAAUCCCAUUAGUGACAAAUCCAGAAGUGGCAACAACGUUAUCAAAAUUCACCUUUCAAAACCUUGACGAUUUGAAUGAUCCCAAAAAGGCAUACUUACUGCCCUUAGCCACCAUUGCCCUCAUCGAUUUAAAUGCAUUUUUCGCUCAGGUUGAACAGAUAAGGUUGAACUUAACAAAUCAAGAUCCAGUUGUGUGUGCCCAAUGGAACUCAGUUAUUGCUGUCAGUUACGCGUCUCGAAAAUUUGGCAUCACCAGAAUGGAUACAAUUGCAUCUUGUAAGUCAAAAUGUCCCAAUGUAAUAAUUGCUCAUGCUGCAGUGUAUAAAAAGGGGGAGUCACAUUGGGCUUAUGUUGAGGGAUUGCCUGCUAUUAAUAAACAUAAGGUGUCUUUAGACCCGUAUCGACGAGAAAGCAGAAAGAUUUUACGUGUCAUUGGUAAAUCGUUCGAUUUAACAGAAAAGGCAAGUGUCGAUGAAUGUUACAUCGAUCUCGGCAGAGAAAUUUAUAAAAGAUUGAUAGAUUUGUUUCCGCAGUUAUCAAGAGGUUCUCGUGACAAUCCUGAAAACAGCUAUGCUAACUUGCCAUUAAUACCGCCAGCGUUACCCUUGAAUUUGAAAUGGGAAGGCGAAAUUAUCAACACUGAAAAAGAAAAAUCUGAGGACAAUGAUAUCGUGUCACCUCCUGUAAUAGAAGAUUGGGAUGAUAUUUGUUUUAUUAUAGGAUCACAGAUACUAUUGGAAGUACGUAAGGACAUCUUUGAAGAACUAGGAUAUACCACAUCUGCAGGGUUAGCAAGAACUAAACAGGUGGCCAAAUUAGCGGCUGGAUUCAAGAAACCUGAUGCACAAACAAUAAUCAGAAAUUCUGCUAUAAAUAGUUUCUUAACUAAUUUUGAAUUGACAGAUGUUACAGGUAUGGGUGGGAAAUUGGGGGAGUCGAUCAUUAAUAAAGUAAAUGUGCCACCACAAAUAAAUUCAAUCAGUUUUAUUCGGGAAAAUUUCAGCGAUGCUUCAAUAAAAGAGAAAUUGGGAGGGGAACUUGGAUUAAAGGUCUAUAAUAUUGUCCGGGGUAUAAACGCUAUUGAACUACAAUCAACGAUUGAAGUCAAAUCAAUGACAUCAACUAAAAAUUUUACUAGCUUUGUGAUAAGCAACUUAUUUGACGCUUAUGAUUGGUUGAAGGUAUUUGCAGGAGAUUUACACAAUCGACUAAUUGACUUGGACAAUGAAAAUAUGGAAUUAUCGUCCACGGAAUUGUCUAACAAGUCUAAGGGAAUAAUGAAAAGACCAAAAACCUUAACUUUGGGUGUACUUUCGAAAAACGGAACCAGACAAACCAGACAAAUGCAAAUACCUAUUCACAAAGAUCUUGACAAAAUGAAAGAUAUAUUUUUUGAGAAUGGCUGUGUCUUAUUAAGAGAGUUUUUGGAAUUCAACACACAUAUUAGUUUAUUGAAUAAUCGUACUCCUGCGAAAGAGAUAUUCAUAUGGGACCCAAAAAAAGUCAAAAUUAUGGAAUUAAUAAACAUGUCUUUGACAAUUUCAAAAUUCGUUCUGGUGGAAGACAGAUUUACCCUUUUGAAAACCACAGAUACUAGCUUUAAUAAAGAGGAGCAUAUUGCCAAAUUAUUUCGGGACUACGAACAAGCACCGGGAACAAUCAAAUACUCAUCUCCUCCACCACCACCACCACCAGCCCAGAAGAAAAGGAGCAAGAAUGGCCAGUUGGAUAUUUUCGAAUCUCUAAAAAAGAAAUCAAAGCCUGGUGAUUUUCUAGAAGAGCUCAUAAAGACAAAAAAAUGUCUGAGAUGCAAACUUAGUGUAGACGAUCCUGUAGAGCACAACGAUUACCACAUAGCGAUGGACUUAUCAAACAAACUAAAUAAUCAUUAA